AUCGCGAGAACCAUGGAGAAGAGAGUAGCAGUGAUUGGCGCUGGCGCGUCGGGUCUCGUAGCCGCUCGGGAGCUCCUGCGAGAGGGCCACAGCGUCGUGAUCUUCGAGCAAGCGCGGCGAAUCGGAGGUACAUGGGUGUAUGAAGAGAAUCACUCUGGAUCAUCAAAUGCGGCCCGCAAUUAUUCAUGCCACAGCAGCAUGUAUGAAUCCCUGCGCACGAAUUUGCCGCGGGAGGUCAUGGGCUUCUUGGAUUAUCCUUUCGUGCCGCGCCGCUCGUCCAGGGAUGCGAGGAGAUUCCCCGGCCACGAGGAAGUCUUGGAUUACCGCGAGAGCUUCGCGGUGGAGUUCGGGCUCCAUGGCUACGUGAGAUUUAACUCCAAAGUCAAGUAUGUUGGAUUGGUGGAGAGCAAUUGGAUCGUCAAGAGCUCGAGCAGCGCUGGAAAGGAAGAAAAAGAGAGUGAGGAGGUGUUUGACGCGGUCGUGGUUUGUAAUGGUCAUUAUUUCCAGCCAAGGGUCGCUCAAAUUCCUGGGAUUGAGAGGUGGCCUGGAAAGCAUUACCACAGUCAUACCUAUCGCACUCCAGAUCCUUUCAAAGACCAGGUGGUAGCAGUCAUUGGAAAUGGUCCAAGCGGCGAAGAUUUGUGCAGCGACAUUGCUGCUGCUUGCAAGAAAGUUCACUGGUGUGCCAAGUCAUGGAAUUCUUUAUCAGAGCCACUUCAACAAGGGAAGAUCCAAAGACACUUGAUGAUAUCAAGAGCUGACGAAGACGGACGAUUGCAUUUUAUGGAUGGAAUGUCAGCUGUUGUGGAUGUUAUUUUGCAUUGCACUGGUUACUUAUAUAACUUUUCAUUCUUGGACACCAAAAGCUACAUUAAAGUGGAAGACAAUCGCGUUGGGCCCUUGUUUAAGCAUGUCUUUCCUCCUGCAUUGGCUCCAUCUCUCUCGUUUGUUGGCCUUCCUUGCAAGACUAUCGCUUUUCCUUUGAGCGAGCUACAAGCUAAAUGGAUUGCUGCCGUGCUCAAGGGACGAGCGAGUUUACCAUCGAAAGGAGAGAUGGCAAACGAAGUUGUGGACUUUUACAGAACUCUCGAAGCUCAGGGUGUUCCAAAACGAUACACUAACCAUCUAUAUCUCGAGACGUUCGACUAUGCUGAAUGGAUAGCAAAGCAGUGUGGAGGAACUUGCCAUGGCUUUGAGCCUUGGAGGAAGGAGCUCUGUCUAAGCACACUAGAUAAGAAGAAGCUCAAUCCAGGUAUCUAUAGAGAUGAAUGGAAUGACAAUGAUUUCCAUGAAAAGGUGGUGGCCAUCCUGGCUAAGAAACAACAACAAUAACAAUAAUUCCUUUGCUUUUCUUUGUAAUGAACAUCAAACAAUAGUUUAAACAUAUAUA